AUGAAAAAAAUUACCUUUUAUCGUAAAGAUGGCGGAAAAAAAAUUAAUCAAGAUAAACAAACAUGCAAGGUAACGUUAUAGUACAAUUUUCUUAAUAUGUGCAAUACUAUGUUGUUCAAAUCAUCUUAACUUAACAUAUACUCAUCAUUAUCAUGAAAAUUGUUAUUAUAUUUCGAAUUCAGUUUAAAGGAAUUUUCAAGGAAUAAACACUACUUUGCCGAUUUUCUUUAGAGAUUGAAUAUGAUUAGAUUUUAAAAAUUGCCCAAAAAUGCUAAAUUGUUAAGUGCUAAAAAUAAGAUCACUAAAAUCAAACACGGGUCAAAUAAUAAUACGGACAUUUCUCGCUCUAUCUAUGAUAUACACAAUACCUAUUUUUCAAACAAAAUAUCUACUUGAAUUAAAUUACUUAAUGUUUGAAUUGUUUGAAUGUGAAUAAACUCAUUAUCUCGGGAAGUAUUUAUUUUUAAUAAUUUGUUUAAUAGAUCAGUUAGUUACAAAAAUAACAUCGAAAAAAUAUAAAAUUAAUGUAAAUUCGUAUAUCUACUUGUUUUUUAAAUGAUAUUUAAAAAAAAGUUAAUACUAUCCGAAAUAAUUUGUGUACAUUGGGUCCAUAUUUAUUGCAAAAGAAGAUUAAGAUUUUUAAUUUCUCACCCUUUCUUUGUGUUUAUUAUUUUAAGAAAGUAAUAACUUCAAAUUUGGUCAUAAGAAAUCAACACCUUCUGGUGUCAAGAAUAGGUUAAAUUUACGUAUAUCCCUAAUUGAAUAAUGUUGUAUGCAUACGUAUUUAGGUCAAUAUGUUAUCCAAGAAAUCAUUUAGCCAAUUCGUACAGACAUUAUUGUCUCCUACAUGUACUCUUCAAUUCACAUUUGGCAAAAAUCGUAGCCAUAUGAGAUUUAAAAAUUACGAUCCACUUUAUGUAAAUGAUGACAAUAUCACACUAUCGUUCGAUGCAAGAAAACACUGGAGUAACUGUACUAUAAUUGGGGAAAUCUUAGACCAAGGGAUGUGCGGAAAUUGCUGGGUGAUUAAUAAUAACGUUGUUUUUGCGAUAUUUAUACGUCUUAUAGUAUAAAUAUUUAUUAUUGUUUUUAAAUCCCAGGCUCUUGCUACUAUUGGAGUAUUUUCAGAUCGAUUAUGUAUAGCGACAAAGGGUCAAAUUAACAAACACCUAUCAAUUGAACAGUUGACAUUUUGCUGUGAAGGUUGUAUUGAAAGUGGAUGCAUAUUGGGCUGUAGUAAUUUCACUGCUUGGCAACAUUUAAUAGAUCACGGUGUUGUCACGGGAGGAAAUUACAAUACAACCGAUGUAAAUUAAAUAAUUCACAAUUAUUAUGAUAUUCUAAUCAUAAAUACUUGAGUAAAUUAUAGAUAAUUUUAAAUCGUACAAUUUCGAUAGGGAUGUCAACCGUAUAAAGUAAUGCCUUGUUNCAUUUUGCUGUGAAGGUUGUCCUGAUCAUGGAUGUAUGAAAGGCUGUCGUCAUUUCACUGCUUGGCGACAUUUAAUGGAUCACGGUGUUGUAACCGGAGGAAAUUUUAAUACAACCGAUGUAAAUAGAAUAAUUCAAAACUAUUAUGAUAUUCUUUAUCGUAAAUACUCAAUUAUAUGAUAAAUUAUUAAAAAUCGUACAACUUCGAUAGGGAUGUCAACCGUAUAAAGUAAUGCCUUGUUUCGACGACAUGGGAAAAAAUAUAUGUGCAGGGCGACAAAAAACCAAUCACGAAUGUAUCAAAGGUUGUUACGGAAAUCCGUCAAUUGAUUUUGAAAAAGAUCAUUGGAAAGGUAAGGUUAGGUUAGUUAGGCAAUAAAAUAUUAUAUUAUCAAUAUCAUAUUUACUNUAUAUAUCCACUAAUUUGUCAUUUCUUGUAUGAUAAUCAAAAAAUAGGUAUCGUUUUUCUCUUUGAGAUUCACGUUUUAGCAAGAUAUAUUCGAGGCGUGGCUAUUAAAUAACAAGACUGAUCGCCUAGAGGGCGCCCUAUAUAAGUAGUGAAAAAAUCGAGUAUUGCGUUGGAUAUCUAGAUAUCCUAUCUAUGCACAUACCAAAACACGUUUUCGUCGCUAUUAUAGUAUUUGUGCAGUAGUGGUUUGAAACGAUCGUGUUUUUUUCUCGUGCCGAAAAACAUGAGCAACGGAUAAACGUAAAAUUUUCUCGUUAAACUAAAAAAAACUCCAACUGAGUGCUAUAAGUUGUUAAAAGAGGCCUAUAGUGAGGAUUUCCUAUCUCGGGCGCGUGUUUUUGAGUGGCNUAUCAACGGCAUCGUGAUGACUAAAUGGGUUCCAAAGGGUCAAACUGUGAACCAACAUUACUAUUUGACAGUUUUAGCAACAUUGCGCGAAUGAGUUCGUAAGAAACGGUCGAUAUUGUAGAAAAACAAGUCGUGGAACUGGCACCAGGAUAAAGCCUGGAGCGUUAUUUGGUCACUUAAGGCACUCCAGUACUCGACGAACUUACUUACCCGACUUGGCUCCCUGCGACUUUUACUUGUUUCCGAAGAUAAAGUCUGCCUUAAAAGGAAUCCGGUUUGAGUCGAUGGAAGAGGUGAAACAAAAAUCGGCGGAACUCCAUAAUGGACUUACGAAAACAGACUUCCAGCACUGCCUCGAACAAUGGAAGAAACGAAUGAAACGGUGUGUGGCGAGGGGAGGGGAGUAUAUUGAAGGGGAGCAUUUGAAUGUUGAAUAACUUUUAUAAUAAAACACUUUUUCGUAACCAGUCUCAUUGUUUAAUAGCCACAUCUCGUAUUUUAUUAGAAAGACGUUUUAUUUUACUUUUUGUCGGUGUGAACGUGUACCCCUAAAUAGCAAAUCAAUAGAAAAACAUGACAAAACAAUUUAUCUUGUUGUAUUUGUUGAUUUAGGUUUCUAGUUGGUUUAUAGAAAAGGUCGAUGAUUAUUUUCUAAACAGUUUUCAUGAAAAAUUGGCAAAAAAACAGAAGAAAUUUAAAUGAAAAGUCCUGUCUAAAUUAUUCGAUCAUUUUUAAUUGAAAUUUACUCGAUUUCUUCGUUAUAAAUAUCAUCCUGUGUCUUUUUUUGAGAAAAAAUAUUUUUUUUUUUUUUUUGGAAUGAAACUCUGAUUUCGGCAGUGCAUGAGGAAUUUUUUUUUUCUUAUUUUCUGUAACUUUUUUUUAAUAAUUAAGUAGAAUAGAAGGAAAAACGGAGAAAUAAUAAAAUAAGUUCUUUUUUAUAUUAAAUUAUAGAUGGAGCAAAGUAGCUUAUAGUUGUACAUUGAUGUUUAUAUUUAUUAUAUUUUUUUUGGAUAAAUUUAUUAACAAAAAUUUCGCUUAAACUUAUAAUUAUAGCAGUUUCUUUAAUAGAAAAUCUUAUUGGGAAGGUACUUUUGGAAAUUCAUUUUUAGAUUUUCUCAAGAUUUCUACCAGGAAGUGAGAAAAACUAGAAAAACCGGGAAAAUCGUAAGAAAUACACUAUGGAUUUAAUUUCGGAAUUGGCAUAAUUAGAAUGGUUUUUACCAUAAUCUGACAUAUAUAUUAUUGACAAUGCAGCAACUGUCGACUGAACUCCGCUCAGAAUUAUUUUUUUUCGUUAGCAAUUGUUUAACGUUAGUUACAAUUGUACAUUAAAUUACCUAGAACAAUGGGUGCACCCGACCUCAUUAUCAUAGGAAAUUCCAAAUCAUGAGGAAUGUUGAGUUAAUUAUAAGUAUUUAUUAUAUUGGUGUGUUUUCUAUGUUGUCUUUAUUUGUUAUGUACUAAGCAGUACUAUAUAUGUACAAAUGGAAUUUGCGCAGAAUCGUUUUUCGUUAUUCAUUUACCUUCAUUUAUUAAUUAAAUAAUUUUAUGUAUAAAGUCUCCCCGAUCUUCCAUUUAUUUUAUUAUCAUCAUUAUUAUUUAUCUUUACGGUUUUUUGCGUUUCCAGCUAAAGAUGCAUAUUACCUCAGCUAUGCAAAUAUUCAAAAGGAUAUUUUGUUGUAUGGACCAAUUCAAGUAUUUAUUUAUGUAUACAAUGAUCUCGCUUAUUAUGGAUGCGGUAACUUUAAGAAAUAAAUAUCCUCUUUUUGAUAUUAUUACAACAUUUCAUUUUAAUAUUAGGUAUAUACCGAAAAUCUUCAGGUGCCAAAUAUUACGGUUCACAUAGUGUUAAAAUAAUCGGUUGGGGUGAAGAAAAUAACGUAAAGUACUGGUUAUGUGUCAAUUCGUGGAGUAAAUACUGGGGGGACAACGGGUUAUUUAGAAUUGUCAGAGGUACAAACGAGUGUUCGAUUGAAACUUCUGCAUAUGCAGGUACACCGUUAGUUUUUCAAAAAAAUGGUGUUUAUUACCCAUGAGAUCCAAAUCAAACAAAAAAAAAAAUAAGAAAAAACGAAUGUACGAUUAAAAAUAUGCAUGUUCUAUGUUAUUAUAAUUUUGUUUUCAGAUCAAAUAUAUCUGAUUUUCACCAUUGUCAGGUUUUUUUAUUUUUUUAUUGUACCUAUAAAUCCAUUGACUCGUAAUAUGAAAUAAGGGAUUCUAGACUUCUGAUAAAAGGUUUAUGUCUUACGGAUUUUUUUAAAAAGUAAGUGGACCGGAAGAGUGGGUUGAAUCAUCUGGACGUGUUCGAAUCGAAUGCGAAUCGACGGCUGUAACAACUCCGGCGACCGUGUUAAAAUUAUUGACGACGUACAAUAAGCGUUCCCUAAUAAACAUAUUAUUUGAUGUUAUUAUAAUACACACACAAAACAUUCCAUUAUAUUUACAACGAUAGUACAAACAAAAUAACAUUAGGUGAUGUGUGUAUGAGCCAGCGGUCUCUACCGUGACUGCGAAUAUUUUUUUAUUUCUGUCUCGAGUUGCAGCAGCAAUAAUAUGUGUAACUAAUUAUUUAGAAAGAAUAUAUUCUCAAAAUUUUCAUAGUUGUGACUAUUGUACAGGGAUAUUUAACCACAUAUUCAGAAAAUACUGUGUUACUUAACGAAAAGUUUAAAAAAACUAAAAAUUGUUGCUUUACUAUCCGUAAAAGUGGUAAUAUUCACAUUUAUUAUAAAACAGAUACGUAUUUUUUGUUAAGACUGUUUUAAAAAAUCAUUUAUUUACACUCAUGUAACUAAUAUGCUUGAAACGUCGCCGAAUUUUCAGCUGGUCAAAAUAAUUAAUAUCACUUAAUAAACUACAAAUUUAAACAUUGCCAAUGAAAAAUUAUUCUGAGCGAUGCUCGGUAAAUUUUAGUUCUCAGUAGCAUUUUUUGAUCAAUUCAAUGGGUGGGUGGGUUGAAUAAUUUUUACACUUGAAUACCACCGCUUUGAUCAAAGAAAACAUCAAACCUAUAGGUCUGAAGUCAUUUCAACUUACAUAAGCUAGAAGACAGCAAAUAUAAUGUACAAAUGCAUUUAAACAGUACAAUAUAGAAAUUAAUUUUAUAAAUUAAAUAAAUAAUAAUUUAAUUUUUGGCAAACGCAAUAGCAAAAAAAAAAAAUAGUGAUAAUACCUAGUUAAAAAAAGUUAAAUAACCAAGUACGAAUAUUUUUAAUUAAAGCAGAGGUUCUGUCUCUAAGAAUAUAUUUAACUGACUUACAACGAAAUACAAAAUUACAAAUACUAAAAGCGUUAUAUUCGUGAAUUUCCCGUUUUCCUUACGUGUUAUGUCUUUCUCGUUCUUCUCCCGAUUUUUUCGGUUUUUCGUCAACUCCCCUACCAUAGGGACACCCAGGUAUUCAAUUUAUAAUAUUUGUAAAGAAUUGAAAUUUUGUGAGAAAAACGUAUACUUAUGUUCUCUAGAGGUCCUAAAAUUUUCAAAUAUUCCAGCUUUGCGUACCCUCUAUUCGGUACGUACUGUGUAGAUAAAAUUAAUGGACAAUAUUGAAAAUUUCACCAAAUUCGAGGUUCUUUAGAAGUCAUAUUCGUGUUAAAAGUAAGUGUAUUUACGUUUUUUUUUUAAAAAAAGGCUUUAAUUCUUACGUUUUUCGAAAUCCAUAAAUAUUAUUGUCUUUCAUUACAUGAUAUAGCGAACAUCGUUGGGAUUAUUUUUUUUUAAAUGGUUUAUUGUUGCUUUUAUAAAGAAACUAAAUAACUGUAUGUAUCAUAUUUUCUAAUCUUCCAACAGUUCACACUCGUCUGAACAAUCAUCUAUUUUAAAUAUUAUCUUCUUAUUUUAGAAAUAUUUAUAAAUUCGUGUUAAUAAAUUAGCUCGUCCUUAAAUUUAUAAUAUGCGAAAUAAAGAAAUAGGAAAAAACUAUUAAUAAAAGAUCAUUGGCCUUAGUUAAAAAUCACCAUCCUAGCUCAUAAUAUAAUAUUUUCCGUGAUAGACAUUAUCUUACGUAAUGUUUAAUGCACUGUAAAAAGGUAAAUAGCGUAUUCAAUUAUAAAAAUGUCUUAAUCGUUUAUUUACAACCGUCAGCCAUCUUUAAUUUCGCUUAUGUUUGUUUGUGUUUUUUUUAGAAUACCCAACGGUAAGAAAUUUACUGAAUUUUAAACAAUUUCAGUAAUCUUCUUCCCCUCCUUCUUUUCUAUCACCUUCAUUCCAACUAUUUGGUGUCAACAACCCUAAUCCUUAUUUCCACUCCAGCCGAUCCUUUUCAUCGUUCUCAAAUACACCUGCCAUUUUCAUAUUAUUCUCAAUAGCAUCCAACUACUUCUUGCUUUGGUCUUCUUAUCUCCAUGUUUCUUUCUAAUUAUUGGAAAGUUAUUGGAAAGUAAUCUGUUAAUAUUAAAUUAGUACCUAAUUGUAUUAAUUAUGUAGAAUAUUCCAUUGGAAAAUAUUGUUUAUUUUACCCAUUGCGAUCGUACUCGAAUUAGGAAAACAAAAACUAUAAACAGCAUUUUGUACUUUUUUAAAUUUUGUGUGGAGUGAAAAAAUGUAUGGUUGUUAAUGAUGUUUAUGUUUUUUUUCUGUGGACAACUUUUAUAACAGAAAUCAUUCUUUAAUAUAUGUAAGUGUAGCUACUCUUCUGAAAGCAAAUCGUACUUGGGAGAUACUUAAAGAAUUAAUUUUUUGAUUUUCUAAGGGGUUUUUUUAACAAAUAAGAAAAUCCAAGAAAAUAGAAGGAAAAACAGGAUAACAUGUACAAUAAUAAUCAAAUAUUAUUAAAGGAGAUAUUUAAUGUAUUUUAACGUCCUGAUCUGAAUAUUUUAAUAUUAAUUAAUGUCAAGAUGCCUAUAUAAACAUAUAAUAUUUGUAGUAAAAAUAUUACAGUACUUUAAAAAAUGUAAAAUCGAAUUUCAAACCGAAAAGUUUUUCAUUAUCAAUGGUUUUUCAUUAGUCACAGAAAAAUUAAUCGAUGAAUCCCGCCUUCCUAACUGCCCAUCUACAAAAGUGGUCGCACCUUUCCUCAGUAUCAGCUCCUUUGUCAUUAUUUUUUAGCAAAAUAAUUUUAAAUAAUAAGCUUUGUCUUACAACUAAUUAAUUUUCGUUUAAAUAUAUAAUUAAUAUAUUAUGUUAUGUUUGUAGCGAGUUGAUAAAUAUAUUUGUAUUUUUUUUGAAACCAGCUGUAUUAAAUUGUAAAAUAGCCUUGUAAUUUUUUUAUAGAGAAAUUGUGCCACUUAAAUUAUAUUCUCAUAUCAUAAAUUUACACAAUUUCUAUAAUCAUAAAAUCAUCAUUUUUGCAAUGAAAAUUAUUGUUUAUGAAUAUCGAAUAUUCUAUUUGUAAUAAAAUGUAUAUAAAUAAUAUUAUUGUAUUCGAAAAAUUAAAGGGUGAACAAUAUUGUUGCACAAAAUAUUUUCCACCAACAAUUGUCCUAGAUUCUACACUUAAUGUAACAGUAAUAUUAAUAUUAUCAAAAAUACUGUUACGAUCAAUAUACUAAAACGGUUAUAUACAUUAUACACAUCCAUAAUAGAAAUAUAAGCUAAAUAAAUAUUACGUCCCAACCCAAAAUUUCAUCACAAUUGCAAGGCCUAAGACCAAUAACAAGUAUAAAAAAUACGGAAAUAUCCUGCUCUUUCAAUAUUUCGUAUAUAAACUUCGUCGGAUGAAGUGUAAAUCUUUAAUGAGUAUGCACGUUGAUUUUUUUUAGGAUUUGAUGAAGAAAAUUACCUUUUAUCGUAAAGAUGACGGAAAGAAAAUUAAUCAAGUUAAAAAAAAUUGCAAGGUUAUAGUACAAUUUUCUAAAUAUGUGAAAUAAUAUGCAUGUAAAAUUAUCAUAAUAUAAGAUAUGUACUCGUCAUAAUUAUGAAAAUUGUUAUUAUUUUUUGAAUUUAGUAUAAUUUUCAAUGAAUAAACACGACUUUGCCGUUUUCGUUUGGAUAUCAAUUAAGAUUAAGUUCUAAAAUUUGUUAAAAUGUGAUAAAGAAUUUAUUUAUAUUUAAUAAAUCUAAAAAAAAAAAAAAAACGAUGAAAUAACUAUACUGCAAAAUUAAUUCUUGCGCUUUAAUGCUAUAGUUUAUAAUAGAAAAUUAUUUUAUAAGCAAUGUAAAAAUUGAAUUCAGACAGAAGUUCACAAAGGUUAAUAAAUAAAAAAAAAUGUGCAUCAUAUCUAUAUACAUUACACAAGGAAAUCCAGUUGUAAGUAAAUACGCUCAUUAUCUCGGAACGUAUUUACUUUUUCAUAAUUUAUUUUAUACAAAAUUUAGCUCCACAAAAAAAUUGAUAUUAAGAUUUUUGAUUUCUCACUUUUUUUUUUUGUUCAUUAUUAUAAUUAAAUAAUUACAUUAAAUUUGGUCAUUAUGAAUCAACACCUUCCUGUGUCAUGAGAAGGUUCAACUAAUAUACAUCCCUAACUGAAUAAUAUUACACGCAUUAUACAUAUUUAGGUAAAAACAUUAUUCAGGAAAUCAUUUAGCGAAUUCGUACAGAAAAUUAUAUCGCGUCAACGUAAUCCUAAAAUCCAAAUUAACCAUUAUCCUUACCCUCAUUUAUUACUUAAAUAACUGUUUGUAUUAUAUCUUCCCAAUCUUUCAUUUAUUUUAUUAUCAUCGUUAUUAUUUAUGCUAUAUUUUGCGUUUUCAGCUAAAGAUGCAUAUUCUCUCAGCUAUGAAAAUAUGCAAAAGAAUAUUUUGUUGUAUGAACCAAUUCAAGUUAUUAUUCAUUUACACAAAGAACUCUCUUGUUACAGAUACGGUAACUUUUGGAUAUAAAUAUUUUUUUUUUUGAUAUUAUUGCAAAAUUUUAUUUUAUUAUUAGGUGUAUACGGAAAAUCUUCAGAUGCCGUAUGGUGUUAAGGUAAUCGGUUGGGGUGAAGAAAAUAACUUAAAGUACUGGUUAUGUGUCAAUUCGUGGAGUAAAUACUGGGGGGAAAACGGGUUAUUUAAAAUUGUCAGAGGUACAAAUGAGUGUUCGUUUGAAACUUAUGCAUUCGCGGGUAAACCGUUAGUUUUUGAAAAAUGGGGUUUAUUAUCCGUUUGAACCACCACAUAAAAAAAAUAUAUUCAAACGAUUGUACGAUGGAAAAUAAGGUGUAAGCAGAUUCUAUUUUAUUUUAAUUUUGUUUUUAGAUCAAAUAUAUCUGAUUAUUAUCAUUGUUUUUUUUUUUAUUUUUUUGUUGUACCUAUAAAUCCAUUGACUCGUAAUAUGAAUUAAGGGAUUUUAGACAUCUGAUAAAAGGUUUAUGUUACACGGGUUUCCCUAAAAGGUAAGUGGAUCGGAGGACUGGGUUAAAUUAUCCGAACGAGUUCGAAGCGAGUGCGAAUCGACGUCAGUAACAACUCCGGCGUCCGUGCUAAAAUUAUUGACGCAGUCGUUACAACGGCGUAUGAUAAGUGUUCCCUAUAUACUAAACAUAUUAUUCGAUUUUAUAAUAAUAUACACACAAAAUAUUCCAUUAUAAUUGCAACGAUUGUACAAACAAAAUAUGAUUAGGUGAUGUGUGUAUGAGCCAGCGAUUCCUACUGUGACCGUGAAUAUUUAUUUAUUUCUGUCCCGAAUCGCGGCGAAAACAAUUUGUGUAAUUUACUAUUUAGAGAAAGAUUAUAUUCUUAAAAUUUGCAUUGUAGUGACUAUUGUAAGCCACUAAUUCAGAAAUUACUGGGAUAUUCAACGAAAAGUUAAAAAAAAACUUAAACUUGUUGCUGUACUAUCCGUAAUAGUGGUAUUUCUCAUAUUUAUUAUAAUACAAAUAUGUGUUUUAUGUGUUUUAAUGUAAAUUAUUUAUUUACUUCCAUGUUGUUAUUAUUUUUUAAAUGUCCAUAAACUUCCAGCCGGACAAAAUCAUUCAUGUUACGCGAUGAACUGCAAAUUUCAUUUAUUUUCAACGAAAAUCUAUUCUGAGUGAAGCUCGGUAAAUAUUAUUGCUCAAUUCGGGUCAAUUCCAUGGAUGGGAAGGAGGUGAAUAAUUUUUACUCUUGAAUACCACUGCUUUGGUAAAAAAAAAUUUAAAACUUUUAUAUCAGUACAAUUUAGAAUUUCAAUGUAUUUUUUUUCAUAUUAAAUAAAUAAAAAUAAAAAUAAUACUAAUUAAAUAACAAAAAUAGUAAUAAUAACAGUAAUACCUUAUUUAUAAAAGUUAGAUAACCAAUUUCAAAAUAUUUUUAUUUUAAGCAGCAUUUUGCAUUCAAUUUGAUUAAUAGUAUUUUCUUAUGAAUGUUUUGAUUUCGAUGAAUAUUUAAAAUUGAUAUGCAAACCUAACCUAACAUAAUAAAAAUUACGUACAAAGCUCGCAAAAUUAAAAUUUCUAUGUCCAUGGUUUCUAUUCGAGUACAGUGCCUAUUCCUAUAAGCUAUUUUAUUUAUUUUGUUUAUCAAUAGUAUUUCAUCGGUCCUUAAUAAAUAUUAUUUUCUUUUUUUUGCAGACGAUUUUAAUAAUCUUCAUUCGAGUUUCAUCAAUAGACAACAGUUUAAUUUUAGAAGAGGAACUAAAUAUCUUAUCUGCCUGGUGCUGUAAUUGAGGAACGAGUGUUAAUACUAUCAAAUUAUUCUCAACGUGUUUUUAUAGAUACCGUAGUAAUAUUUGUCAUACGUAUUUUAUAAAUAACGUUAAAAUCGAUUCAAUUACUUCAAUUAAAGACUUAGGAAUAACUUUAACCCACAAUUUAAAUUUUUGGGCGCACAUUGAGUGUAUUGUAAAAAAAUCGUUUCGUGUGUUUAGUUUUGUGAAGCGUCACUCAUCGGAUUUUGAAGAUUUGCGUUCAUUUAAUCUUCUUUAUUGUGCUUUGGUUACAUCAAUUUUAGAACACGGUUCGCCCAUUUGAAGUCCGUAUUCAAAAUUCGACUUUAAUUUUAUUGAGCGCAUCCAAAACCGUUUUUUGAGAUUUAUUGCUUUUAAAUUCAAUAUAACUAUCAAUAACCAUGAUUAUACACAAGUUAGGUCCUUUCUAGACAUUCAACUCUUGCUUCUAGACGUGAUCUAUAGGAUAUUUUCUUCAUUUAUAAAUUACACACCGGUUUAAUUGAUGCAUUUGACUUACUAUAUCCCUUUUAACAUCUUAGUUUACAGUAAUCGUUCAACGUCUCUUUUUUAUAUACUAAUACAUAGCACAAAUUACUUAAAAUACUUUCCUAUUCGGAGAACUCUGGCUUUAUAUAAUACAUUUUCAACGAAUCCGGAUUUCUUCUUUUCACCUUUAGCGUUAAUAUUAAACUUAUAUCUAAAUAUUGAUUUGUGAUACUGAGUAAUAAAAAAUUACUAUUUCUUUUUUUUUUUUUCAGUUUAUUGUAACUUAAAAUAAUCCUUUUAUUGUCUUUUUACUAUUGAGCUUUGUCCGUUUUAAUUUGAGCUACUCUUCUAGUGGAAAAAUCGCGCACGGAUAAAAAAAAAUAAACAUCUUCACUCUACUCAGAAUCUAUAAUUUAAUAGGUACCUACAUACUCAGUUACUUAGGUAUUAUUUUUUUUAUUACACCUGAUUUAAGUUUUCUAAUUGUGUACGAGUCAAGACAUCACGUUUAAAUUCCUCUGCAAAGUUUGAAAUUAAAACAAAUAAUUUUGAUUCUAAAUAUUAUUUUUCCGAAAUAUGUACAAUUUGUUGAACAGCGAGUCCAUAAUCUAGAUUGUGUCAAAAAAAAAAAAAAGUAACAACAAAAAUGAUUUAGUUUUUUAGUUUUGUUAUAAAAUAAAAUAAAUUAAUAAUCCCUAAAAAUAUCACUUACAAAGUAAGGCCGUGUUUAAAGUCCGAUAAAAAGUUUGGUCGCAAUCACGUUGUAUUUCUCUUUGUGAGAUUUUGCAUUAUUAAAACUAUUUAAUUCACUCAAUAAAUGAUUUAAUGUGUAUUGAUAUAUUGACUACAAAAUGUUUUUUCAAAACAAUUUUAUUAAUCGUAAACUAGAUGUUAUCAUGUAUAAUUAUUACAUAUACCCAAAAUUAUGUAAAUUGAGGGGUAUUUUGCGAUUAAAAUAGUCCUAGGGAGCAGUUGCUUGAGUUUCCAGGUACAUCCAAAAUAUAUUUGUUUUUUCCUUGUUUAGCUAAAAAGGAAAAGAAAUGCAAACGUACAAAACUCGCAAAGUUAAAACAUCUAUAAAUGUAUCAAAAAAGGCUUAAAUUUUGGCUUUAAAGGCUUUAAAGUUUUUUGCAAAAAUUUUUAUGUCCAUCGAGUCGAUACGAAUAAUUUUAACUAAAUUUCAACAAAAAUAUUGAAAUUUGUAUUAAAAAACCUAAAAAUAGCUCAAAUGGUUUGAAAAUUUUACCUCGUUUAGAAAAGGCAAAAAAACUGUUUUAACAUUGUACUGAUUUUCCCGUUUUUCCUGUGUUGUCUAUAAAUGGCUCAAAAAUGGCUUAAAUUAUUUAAAUAUUUUAUCACGUCUAGAAAAAGCAAAUAUUAGUUUUCUGUCCAAAUUUCAAGGCUCUACGAAUAUUUUUAAUUGAAUUACAAAAAUCACAAAAAUAAAAAAUAAUAAAAGCAUUAUUUUCAUAAAUUUCCCGUUGUUCUUACGUUUGUUCCUAGUUUUUCCCAGACAUUAUGAUAACUGCUUGGAAAAUCAAAAAAUGACCUCCUAAAAGUACCAUCUGGAUGUUAUAACAUUUUGGCCCAAAUCACCUUAUCAGGAUCUAGUUACAAACAUAGAUAAUAAAUAAAUGAUAGCAGUCUCGUAGCAUUGAUAUUAUCAUUGACAUAAUAUAAGUAAUAUGUUAUAUUAUGUCAAUAGAUAAUAAUAUAUAUUAUAUACAUGUAUAUAUUAUCUAUGUUCGUUAGCCCGUGUAUAUUUUGAUCUAAAGCGAGAUUCAUUAAUAAUAAAAUAAUAUAAUAUUAUAUGGAACAUGUCUUAUCAUUCACUGAUAUUUUACAACAAAAAAAUUUCGUAUUGAAAAAACAAUAAAAAUACAUUUGUUGUAAAGAUUGUUAGGAAACCGAGGUUCAAGGAAUUAAAAAAUAAUACAGGUAUUGUCCGCAAGAGUCACUGCCACCCCCUUCCCUGGAAAUUUAAAAAUGAUCUCCCUAAUGUAGUACCCCAAAAAAAUUUUAAAAAAGGUUCUACGUUGUAUACAUCGGAGUAGGCUUUCUGGUAAAAGGUAUUCACAGAAAAAAAAAUUAUACAAUAAUGCUGAAAUGUUUUGAAAAUUAAAAUUAAAACAAAUAACAUAAUAACAUAAAUAUGUAGUUUUCCUAAUAAUUGGAAAACCCGGGAAUAUGUGGUUUUAUUAUUUUCGAUAUUCUAUUAUUGUCGUAUGUAAAUCAAAAUUCCAAAUCAGAUCCUGUAUUUAAACCUGGUGGUACAAUCGUUUAAAAAAAUUUAAGAAGAAACGAUAAGAAAAGCAGAUGGUUACUAAUGUCUUGGAUAGGGCCUUUGAAUAUUCAUUCAAUUACCGAUAAAAAUACAUGCUCAUAUGCCCAAUGCCCAAUGUUUUAGUAUUUGAGCUUGUAUUAGAAAAUUGUAUCACGUUUGAAAAACGUUACAAAACGGAACAUGAUAAUGUGUCUAUCGAUACAAAAACAUAUAUUAGUGCUUAAACUAUUUGUAAGAUAUCUUAAUAUCGCCAUACGUUUUCAUAAUCCGUACGUAUUGAAGAAAUAAUAUUAAAAUGUGUGAAGACACGGCGCGCGGCAUUUGAAUAGUGCUCCACUUCUUUCUACUUACCUAAAAUUAAAAAUGGAAUAUCUCAGGAACGAGUUCAUGGAGAUCAAAAAUUCCAACACCAAAAUUGAUUCAAACUAAUAACCCAUCUCUUAAUGGAGUUUUUAAUGUUACUAUUUUAAAAUCAAAAGUUAGCUGUCAUUUCACUUCCAAAAGUGAGAGUGACAAAAAUAACGGUAAUAUAAUAAUUUAGAGCUAAUUGUUUUUUAAAUUGUCAAUGAGUUUGUUGUUGAAAAAAGUUAAUUCAUUGUAAAAUAAUGAGUGUUUAAACGAUAAACGAAUAACCCUGUAAUUAUAAAUAUAAGUAUUUUUUUAGACGUAGUGGCGUAGGGAAGGAUCUAUUUGUUUUAGUACGAUAUUUGAUUUUUUUUGUUUAUGUGUCUGUGAGCAUUGAUUCAUUCAGCAAUCUCGAUAAUUGCUCCUAAAUAUCAAGUAUAGCCUCUUUUCUGAAAGGUAAUUUUGUCUAGUCGGUACAUAAAGCAGGUCUUCUAUUGAUUUUCUAAGGGGUUGUAAAAAUAAUUAAGGAAAACCAUAAAGACAAUUAUAGGUUAAACGAUAAAUAUGUAAGGCACGCGGUGGUGUUACCGAUUUUAUUAUUACAUUUUAAGUGGAGUUAAAAAGCUUAGAGUUGUACAAUAAUUAAAAUUAUGUUUAUUUGAUUAUUUUUUUUUAUCUAUAAAUAAUUGUUUCGCCAGAAAUAUUUUUCAUCAUUUUUAUUUACUAUUUCUUCGAUUUACAAGUGUGACACUUUUUUUUUAGAAGAUUUUACUAGGGAGAUAUAUUAUGGAAGUCAUAUUUUGAUUUUCAAUCGUUUUUUCAGUAUAUUGGAAAAACUAGAAAAAGAAUUGAGUAAAAACGGGGAAAUUUACGAAAUGCAUAAGUAUUAGUUUAAAAAAACCGGGCAAAUUAGCACAUAGGUGCAGCCAAUGUUUUAGAUGAGAAGUUGAGAAGGUAUUAGAAGAGACAUUUAAUGCAUAUUUGUUAGCAAUGAUAAACCACUGCAAAAGAAAAAAAAAACGAUUCUGAGUAGAGUUGAUAGUGUUGCUUUAUCAACAAUAUACAUGUCAAAUUUUGGUAAAUUAAUUACAAAGUCAUUAUAUUUGCUUCAAUAAUAUUUGUCUCAUAUUGUACAGUUUUUCCUACGCUGUUUUCCCGGUUUUCCUAUUUGUUGAGAAAACUCAUGAGAAAAUCAAAAAUGAGCUCCUUAAAGUACCUCUCCCGUCCGAUUUAAUUACAGAAAAUGUGCUACACUUAAAAAUCGGAACAAGAUUUUUAGUAGAAAAGUCUUGAAUAUUGGUAAAAACCAUAAGCUUCUUAGCUUCAUUCAGAAUUUAAUAUUUGGAAUAUUGGUAUGGUCGUUAAAAAUCAGAGUUUCUUAAAUUAUAAUUAAAAGUUUUAAAACUGAAAAAGAAAAUGAAAAAAUACUGCACAAAAAGAUUCGUAUGUAAAUUUAAGAAAAAAAAAAAUAUUAGUAGAUGUCCGAGAAAAAAUAUAAUGAAUUUAAUUAAACUACUCGUAGUAAGUUUUAAAUGAAUAAUAAUUUAUACAGAGUAUUACAUUAUUUAAGGUGAAAUCAUUAAUUUUAUUUCAGUAUAUUAACUAUUUAAAUAUCGAACAAGUGAAAAUGUGUGUAUUACGAAUUUAUAAUAUAUUUAAUUUAAUUUUGGAUAUAUUUUUUGAAACACUGACAAAAUAUUAUAUAGUAUCAAUAUUCCACCUAUUACAUUUCUUUUCUUCAAAACACAAUUAACCGUACCGAUUUUCCGUUUACCAGAUUUUCUUUAUUUUUAAUUUGUACAGCUUAUGUUUUCUGCCAAAAAUAUUGCUCCAACAGAAAAAUAACAAGACAAUUUUUUUAAUGUUUAAUUUUUAAUCUAGUUGGUUACCAAGGAAGUUGUUAGGUUUUUUUUUUAAAAAUAAUUAAAAUAUAAAAUAAUAAAAUAUGUAGAAAGGACUAGAAAAUUUAUAAAAAUCAUUCUUUUAUUAUUUAAUUUUUUUUUUUCAUUGUAAUUCAGUUAAAAAUAUUUUUUGGGAAUCAAAACGUAUUCAAAAAAACAUAUAUUUUUUUUUUUGACACGGUAAAACUUUCAAAACAUUUGAGCCAGUUUUAAGCUGUUUAUAAAAUUUUAAUUUUUCGAGUUUUUUUCGUAAUUUUUAUUCGGUAGAUACUCUGUGGAUAAAAUUGUUAGAAUAAACAGAAAUGCUUGAAAAUUUCAGACAAAAUGUGAGUUUCAUUAGAAGUCGUACUUGUAGAAAAAAUAAAAAAAAAUUAAGUGUAAUAUAAUUUGUGUGAUUUUUUUUUUUUUUUUAUAAGAAUUUUAAUAUCAAAUUUUGACUGAAAUCGUAAAAUAUGUAUAUUACGGAAUUUCAAAACAUGUUUAAGCAAACUUCAUUUCAAAUCGUUUUUCAUUAGCAAUAGUUUAUUGUUUUUUACAGGUAUAAAUUAAUAUUUUUAUGUAUCCCACCUUCCCAACUAUCUAUCUACAACAGUGGCUGCAUCCGACCCCAGUAUCAGUUCUUUUUUUUCAGUUUUUAAUGACUAACAGUCAAGUACAUUUAUAAAUAUUGAAAUAUUUGAAAAACUAUUCAGAUAUGAACCAAAUAAAAAUAUCUUGUACUUGAGCCACUGAGGUCGAAAUUUAUGCUACCACAUUAACACUAAACACUCAUAUUUAUGUGAAUUGUGAUGUUUUAUAAAUGUUUACUAAUAUAAACUAAUAUAUGCAUAAUACUACUAUACAUAUUUUACUUAUGUAAUAACAAACAGAGAACUGUUUAUAGAGAAGAAAUGUUAAUAGGAAUCAGUAUAAAGUUGUAAUAGAUGUAAAUUAAAAUACAACUAAAUAUUAUGGGAGUAAUAUAUUGAUAUUGCAUACAUAUUAAUCUUCUAAAAUUAAAUUUUGAAAAUGCUUAAUAAUUUUGUUCGUGUACAAGAUUAACGAAAACACAAGUAAUAAUUACGUAUAGUUAAUUUUUAUUUGUGUGUAUAAUAAUAUAACUGUUAAUGAUUAUCAUUAUUAUAAAUAUAAAUAUGGUUAAAUAGUAGCUAAGUAAAUCUGAUUAGUUAAAAAUAAACAAAAGGCAACUAUUUAAUUGUAUUUAUUUUAUUGUUACUAAGCAAAAGGCAUUUUCAACAAACUAUAAAAUGUAUAAAAUAAUAUACGUACUAUGAUUGUUAAAAAGAAUAAAAUUCGUUAUAUAUCAUUUUAAAAUAUCUACAACAAUAAAAAAGACAAAAAAAUUAGGUAGAUAAACGGGAGCGUAUGAAAAAAUAAGUAUAUAUUUACGUGAAUCAGUGCAUUUUCAGGGGACCUAAGAAUAACAUAGGAGAUAAUUACUCACAUCUUUGAAAUUUUACCGCGGAGUUAAAAUUAACCAAGUAUACAUUAACCCCACACAAAGCAAGUUUAUUAUACGUGUAAUUAGGAUAUAUUUACCUACCUCGGUGAAAUUUUACCGGGAGAUAAGAUUAGCCAAGAAAAUAUUUACCAAAUCCAGUGCAUUUUUACCGGAGACUUAACAGCAUAUUAUUUCCAACUGAAUAAAAUUCAAUUGCGGUGGUAACAUUAACCCUUGGUCAUUGUAAUUGACGUUUUAUCAAGAAAUAUUUAUCGGCAAUAAAUUGCAUUCCAAAUAUGUUCACUUCCUUAGAAUUUUCCUACAAGUUAACUUAUCCUCGGAUAUUUUUUUCGAGGAUGUUAAUUUACUUAGUAGCCUAUUAUAUCGGUGUAUGCUACUGGAAAAGAAUCAGUACGGUCGAUACUGUGGAAAAACAAGAUCAACAAGAAAACAACAUCUUGCACCAGGAUAACGCGUGAAGCGUUAUUUGGCCGCUUAAGGCACUCCAGUACUCGAACACGCGUCUUACUCACCCGACUUGGCACCCUGCGACCUUUACUUGUUUCCGAAGAUAAAGUCUGCCUUAAAAGGAAUGCGGUUUGAGUCGAUGGAAGAGCUGAAACAAAAAUCGGCCGAACUCCUGAAUGGUCUUACGAAAACAGACUUUCAGCACUGCCUCGAGCAAUGGAAGAAACAAAUGAAACGGUGUGCGAAAAGGGUAGGAGAGUAUAUUAAAGGGGAACAUUUGGUUGUGGAAUAA